CUAGCUAAACUUCUUAAGUUUUUAAAUUCAUGUCGAUGGCAACCGAGAAGCGUAUAAGAAGCUCACAUGAGAUGAUCAAAUUCUGUCAUUCUUCUACUACUGGAAUUGCAGCGGCAACAUCAGUCACAAUCAUGAUUCUUUUGCUUUUACUUCAUAUAGCUUCGGCAAAUCCCUCAGAUGAAUUACAGCAGCCUCGAUUUUCUGUAGGCCGACAUCUUCUUCAAGCUACAAAAGAUUGCCCACUAGAUGUUCAGCACUUGAACUACACGAUCAUAAUAAGCAGAUGCAAAGGACCCAGAUAUCCAGCCAACAUAUGUUGCGGGGCUUUCAAGGAAUUGGCAUGCCCUUACGCUCCAACCCUAAACGACGUAACCAACAAUUGUGCAACCACCUUAUUCAGUUACAUCAAUCUCUAUGGCAAAUACCCACCUGGCCUUUUUGCCAACAUUUGCCGUGACAGUAAGCGUGGCCUUGAGUGCACUGAUGCUCAGAUGUCCAUGUCCAAGCCCAAGUCCUCUUGCCACACUGCCACAAUAAGUAUCUUCUUUCUUUCAAUUUUCUACUGGAUGCUUCUAUGAUUUCUUGGUUUUUUUUUCCUUUGACUUUGUAAUUAAUUUUCUUCUAAUCUAUAGCCUUGAUAUGUAAUAUUAUGUAUACUAAUACAGUAACCAAUUGGCAAAGAUCAAAGUAUAAAUAGUACAAGUUAUACCAUGUGCCCUAUAUGGUACAACCAAGGCUAUUCUUGCUUAUUUACACA